AUGCAUACCGGCACCGCCAAAGACGAUCAAGGUAGCGGCGGUGGCGGUAAUUCCGAUGGCCUGCCCAGGAAGAGGCGCACACGCACGAGGACGGGAUGCCUCAACUGUCGUCGCAAGAAGCGCAAGUGCGACGAACGACGUCCGACGUGCGGCACCUGCUCUCGUCGAGCUGAGAGGUGCGAAUGGGGCGUCAAGAUUACUUUCCGCCGCGAGAACGCCCAGUGUCUCGACGGUCGUCACCCGUCCAUGCAGAAGAUAGCUGGUCGGAAGAGACCCCGCGGCUUUGAGAUCCUAGACGUCACCGCCGAGGUCAUCCGAGACUACGAUCUGCCGUCACCGACAGCAUCGGAUGGCGGGGACGGAAUCGCAGAAACACCAGCACCAGAGCAUAGCGGCUCCAGGUUGCCGUCGUCUGUCACGUUUGGAAGAGACGAAAAGCAGUCCAUUCGCCUGGAUGAGGGAGCCAUGCCGUCGGCAGCAGCUCCCUCCAGCGCCGCCGGUUACCUUCCCCCGACGCUGAUGCGCUCGCCCCAGCCGCCCGCGGGACACUCCGACAGUGAUGUCGCCAACCUCAUGUUUCUCAGCCGCGGUGGCCGCCCGGGCGCUUCCAGAGCCGCCGCCGCCGCCGCCGAUUACCCUGUGCAGGCCACGCUCGACUCGGUCCCCAUCGAUAUGAUUGCCGACUACAUGACGUCAGCACAGGCCUUGACACCCGAGGGCUCGUUUGAGGACGGCGUCUUCAUGCCCGGGUCUGCCUACCACGAACUCCACUCGACGCUACGGCACCACCUCAUUCAAGAGGUACGAUCGAAUGCACCCACACGGUCGGGCACGCCGGAGACCGGUGCUGCAGACUUCGCAGGGACUGAUCGGCCGUUAUGGCCAUCGGCUGCUGCUGUGGCUACCAUCUCUGCCGAGACCAGUUCGAUCCUGAGAAAGGACGAGGAGAUUGUUCUGUGGCGCAACUGGUUCGGUGAGAUCGCACCCUGGCUUGAUAAGUUCGACCGCGACGCCGCCUUUCAGAAUGCCGUCCCGCACAUGGCCGCGUCGCACGACCACCUGCGGUACUCGCUCCUCGCCCUAUCGGCACGCCAGCUGGAGCUCAAGGAGACGACACAGCCGACGGACCGGAGCCUGACCCUGUACCAGCAGGCUAUACACCUACUCCUCCCGCACCUGCCGAGCCGCAGCACAGCCGUCAUCGCAUCGUGUGUCAUCCUGUGCGUCCUCGAGAUGCUGAGCUGCUCUCCCAAGGCAUGGCGGCGGCACCUAGAUGGGUGCGCCAGCCUGAUGCAGGCCGUCGGGAUGAACGGGGCCGUCGGCGGCGUCGAGGAGUCCUUGUUCUGGUGCUUCGCACGCAUGGACGUGUGCGGAGGGCUGAUAUCAUCCGUCAAGACGCUCAUACCAGCGGACCAGUGGGCCACCAAGAUGGAUCUGGACACGGACGUGAGCUUCUACCGCUCCCAGCCGGGUUUCCACAGCUGGGCCAACUACAUGGUGUAUCUCGUGGCCCAGGUUCUCGACCUUCUGGCACCCGUUCCCACCGAGCCCCUCGACGUUCCGAGCCGGACAGAUCCCAAAUUCAGGACACGCUGGAUCAAGCUGUGGGGCUAUAUAUGGGAUUGGCAUCACGUCCGCCCGGCGCCCCUCCACUCCAUCAUGACGAUCCCCUCCUCCGAAGAUUCCCCCUUCCCCACCAUCCUCUUCUCCAAUCCUGCCGCCAUCUCGGGGAACCAACUAUACCACACCGCGUCUAUCCUCAUGCUCCAGAACCAUCCGCCCGGUGUGAGCCUCAGCCCCAAACCAAGGAGCAUCUUGUGGCACGCCCGGCAAGUAUGUGCCAUCAGCAUAUCAAACGACCAUCACGGGGCUUGGACCAAUGGUAUACAGCCCCUCUGGAUUGCCGGCCGCUGUAUGAGCCAUCCUGCCGAGCACAGGGCCAUCCUAGAACUGCUCGACAAGAUUGAGAGGGAGUCGGGCUGGGGUACAAGGUGGCGUGCUGCUGACCUCAGGGAGUACUGGGGCGACCUUGGAGAGUGA